AAUUCUACAGAUGAUUAAAAGUAGUUUGUGGAGAGUGAAUGUUGAGCGAAGAUGGGUAAAGUUAUUUACAAAGCAUUACUAAUGCUAUCAGCGAUAGCCAGUGUUUAUUCACAAUUUAACUUUUACGAAGACAAACCCGGAUCCUGUCCACCGCCAUUACCUGUGCAAAUUUGUUCUAAAGCCUGCUUUGUCGAUGCACACUGCCAAGGAGUUGGCAAAUGCUGUCCGACAAGCUGCGGUGGAUUAAUUUGCUCAAGACCUGUUACCAUGAGAUCCAAAGAGACAGAAAAACCAGGACUAUGUCCAGCAACUCCUACUGGUCGAUGGGUUUGUUCGCCGACUUGCACAAUAGACAGCGAUUGUCAGGGUACUAAGAAAUGCUGCAAAAAUCGUUGCGGUGCCUUGGCAUGUCAGAAACCAGAUAUCGACGUCACUGAAUCGGUUGAAAUUUCACCUGACCCACGUGCUAAUGACAAUGAUAUUCAUGAUGAUGACAUGUCCGGAGCUUAUGCAAACAAUCCAUUUCUACGUAACGAUAGAAAUUGAUAAAUAAUAAUAAUAAUACCAAAUCCAUCAACUAAGAAGACGUGUGAAGAAAAAUUUUCUUCAUAAAAUAUUCGUUAAAUUAAAAACUAGUCUGUAAAAUGUAAACUAAAUAUUUACUUUUAAUUAAUAAAGUUAAUUAAUGGAGUAAAUGUUUGUAUUUUUUUUUAGUUUAAAAAUUUCAUAGUAAAAAUAAAUAUGUAGAAGUAUGUAGAGGAUAAACGAACUUCUGGGAAUAAAAAAUUAUAUAUACAAGUGCAUUUGAUAUAUAUGUAGGAUAAGUGUUUCCACUUAGGUAGAGUGUUAAUCUAACAACUGAAAGUAAUAACACAGAUGCAAAUAAUGAUCGUGCAAGUAGUGGAGUGAGUCAACAGACAUUCAUAAUAAACUUGUUAUCGCGGUCAAGAGCAGGAUUAAAUUUUUUCCGCCUGUUAUCAACACACACCUUUACUUAAAUAUAUACAUAUAAUAUAAAUAUAAAUAUAUAUACUCUAUCAAAAGUACAAUUCACAAUAAAAAAUUGCUGGAUAAUCAUACAAAUUAUUCGGAGUUUCAUGAGUCACGAUCGAGUAUCGUGAUAACUUUCAAGUGAUUUUUUUAAAAAAUAUAUUCAGUUGAAAAAUAUAAAUAGCGUUUGUAGUUGAAACAAGUACGGAAUUAUUGUAUUAAGUAUUAUCAGUAUUAAAAAAUAUUUUUAUUCUGACGAGUCUGAUUAUUAUUGAAUAAGUGAUUCCGGGAUUAGACUCUAAAGUACCAGCUUUCAUUUGAAUCUUUGCCAUUGUCAUGGACG